AGAGAUGCCAUGGCCUUAUGAAGAUGAUGAUGAGGUGAGUGUGAAGCAAGUGGUGGAGAAUCAAACACCGAUGGGCUGUAACUGUGACUGUCAGGAGCCACGACCCACAGGAACUCCAGCCACCUGGACCUCCAUCAGCACCACGCCAUCCACACACAGCCCCUAUCUGGACUGCAUGCCGGAGUGUCCCUACCACAAGCCGCUGGGGUUCGAGUCCGGGUCAGUGAUGGCGGAGCAGCUUACCUGUUCAAACCAGGACCAGUAUGUGGGCUGGUUCUCUUCAUGGACCCCAAAUAAAGCCAGACUGAACAGUCAAGGGUUUGGCUGUGCUUGGCUAUCCAAGUUCCAGGACACGAAUCAGUGGCUUCAGAUCGACCUCCAGGAGGUGCGGGUGGUCUCGGGUAUCCUAGCUCAGGGCCGCUGUGAUGCUGACGAAUGGACAACGAAAUACAGCCUGCAGUACCGAACCCAAGAAAACCUCAACUGGAUCUAUUACAAAGACCAGACCGGGAAUAACAGGGUGUUUUAUGGAAAUACGGACCGAUCCUCCACGGUCCAGAACCUGCUGCGUCCGCCCAUCGUGGCGCGGUAUCUGCGGAUCCUGCCUCUGGGCUGGCACACACGCAUCGCCCUCCGCCUGGAGCUGCUCAUGUGCAUGAACAAAUGCAUCACGGGUUAAGAACUACUACAGUAAUACAUACUCAGAUCAGUAGGUAACAUGCAAUUUGGAAUUAUACCACACAACUGUAUCUUCUGUGUGUACGAAAUAAAACAAAUAACCAUUUUUGGUCUAAAACAAGAGGACUGCUUUAUUAUCAAUGACUUGCUGAUCUUUGCGAAGUUCAC